AUGUCGUAUCCCACCCCUACAAGGCGCCUAACAGCCACCGGUGCUUUCUCAACACAGCCGAAUGCCCAGAGGUUCGCCGCGACGGGGAAAAUAUAUCACAACCAAACACCUCUACACAAUUUGCACCCCUAUUCCGGCGGCAACUUCUACCUCAACCUCCCCCGCAACCUUCAACAAUAUCCCGCGGAAUCCCAGACAAUCAACGAAGCAUGGAACACCAACGGCCAGGCCCUCAUUCCGAAUUCCAAUGUCCCUCCUGGUUUCAUCGACCAUGCCCAGCUGAACCAAUCUCAUCUUCAACAGCAGCAUCAGUGGCAGCAGAUCCCUCCGGUGCCGGUAAUGCCUCAACCGGGCCCUGCGGUUUACUCAGCGCCUUCAGUCGGACUGAGUCAGUUCCAGACUCAGGCACAGCCUCAACAACCGAAUUGGUUCUUUAUCAACGAACCCAAGCCAGACCCCUACGACUUUAGUCUUCUCAGUGACUUCGGCCCAAACACUUACGCUUCUCCCGAGUUCGUCGAUCUCUUGACCCCGCAACGAGCACAGGUGCCAGAGGAGGAGAAGUGCCAUACCGCUUUACCUUCCUCUAGCUCUACCGAGGAAGUAGGGCUCGUCUACCAAGCCCCUCCGCGUUCUAUCCCAGAGUUUCGGCCACAAUACGAUGCUUCUUGUGGUCUCAUCAACCAACUCGACCCAAACAUCUACGCUUCUCCUAAGUUCGUCAAUCCUGCGAAUACGAAACCGGAACAGGAGCCGGAGGUUACGAAGACCCAUACUCGUCAUUCGGUCAAUUUUGUAGACUUUACGAGCUCCCCUCCCCCGGCAUAUACAGCUACAGCUUCUGUUCACCAUCCAAGACCCCGGAACUAUGCUGCUUGGGGCAUCAUCGAUCAACCCGAGGAAGACUUGAGUGCUUUUUCCGAUUUCCUGAACCAUUCGAACAUGAAGCCGGAGCCGGAGUCGGAGGAGGACGAAGAGGAGGAGAAUGAAGAGGAUGAGGAUGAAGAGGAGCAGGAGGAGGAGCAGGAGGAGGAGCAGGAGGAGGAGCAGGAGGAGGAGCAGGAGUACGAAGAGGAGGAGGAGUACCCCACCGCUACUGCACCACCCCCUACAUAUACCACUACAGCCAGCACUCCCAAGCGACCCGAGCAAGAAGAACCGGAGCUCUUCGACCAAGGCCUUCUCGACAACAUCCUCGGAGCGUGUGAGGAUACCUGGCAGAAAAAGACAAAGCCGGCCAUUACCGCCAUGCUCUACAAGUACAAGCGAACCCGGAUUGAUCGGCAGCAGCAGCAGCAGCAGCAGCAGCAAGAGACGUCGUCUGGACAACAGCGCAAGCACAAUUGGCUUGGACGAAACAGUGGCGAGAUCGGGGAAGAGCAUAACGACGACGCCGGCCUUGGUGAAACCGCAGGAACCGAGAGAACAGCAAAACCCCAAGAAGUACAUGACGGGCUUCCCUCACGAGUCAACGACCAGCUUCGUUUAUCGUUUCGACAUUCACAACCAUGGGAUGGUGAAAAGGGAUAA